UGUAUAAUCACUGAACCGUGCAAAUCACUAAGAAAAAUGAACAAAGAUUAAGGAAGAGUACGAACAGACAGGAAAUCUUCAAACGGGUUAUUAAACACAAAUUACUGAUUUUUUUUUAUUGGAUUAUUUCAAUAUUUACAAGUUAUAAAAUUUUUGCAGAUUUUAUAUGAUAACUAUGUCGAGUUUAGCCUGCUGUGACCCUUAUUACACCGAAUACACUUGCAAGGACACGUGUAUAAAAUGUUGUCCGGACACCUGUUACAGUUGCUGCCGAAAGUACUACUCCCAUAUUGUUAUGGUCUUUGCCAUCGCGAUGUCAAUUUUUGGCAUUGUUGACCUCAUUUUAGGAGGAAAGCUGGCUAUUGUAUGUCCAGAGAACGAUGCUCUCUACUCUUCUCUAAUGUUGGCCCAGGGUGUCAUCUCAAUGAUUGAAGGCGUCAUGAUCUUCUACAGCAUUGGGCGUGUGCACGAUUACAGUCUCUUCCGGUCCGGACUUCCGACAUUCCAAUAUGCUUUUGUGACGUAUGCUCUGACAUCAUUUUUCUACAUCACUUCCCUGACACUCAGUGGCGUGCAAGUCGCAGCAACCGGAGGAGGGAUGGCAAAAACCAACUGUUCCGAUUACCACGGCUACAUUGUCUGGAGGUUUGUCUUCAACAUCCUGGUCCCUGUGUCCCCUAUAGCACUGGUGUUAUCCAUCGUGGCUAUUGGUAUUGCGUGCACUAUUCUACUUGCCUGUCUUAGUGGUGCAGAGAGAACAGAAAAUAGAAAUAAUUAAUGUAACAAAGUGGAAGACUGAUUUUUUUUUAGCAAUACAUGUAUACCAAACAAGGUUUAUGCGUUGUCACAUAUGAUUUGUGCCUUUUACAUGUAAUUUGUAGAGUAAGGUGUGCUGUUACCAAAAAAAAAAAAAAGGGGCAAAGUUAUAUGAUAAAGAUUAAAAUCAGGCGUCCUACACCAAGAACAACGAGUCAAUUAUAACACUUUUGUUAUAAAACCUAACAAUAAUUAUUAUAGUUGUUAUCCUUCUGGUUUGUCGUGUAUAUUGAAAUUAAAUUUUGCUACCAAAACCUCGAGUACUCAUUGAAGACAAAUGCAAUUACAAAAAAAUGUGCAAAUGUGAUUUAAUAUUUGUUGUUGGAAUUUUACCAGUACAGGUACAUUUAAAAACCUUUUUAAAAAAGAUUUUACAAACUGUGAUAGUUGUUAAUGGGAAAAGGUUAUCAUAUAUUUACAUUUUCCAGUGUCUUUGCCUGUGAUAACACUAUGUAUCGAUUUUGUACACUAUACAUAAAGCCAAAUUGAGGCGCCAGCGGGGUUUGCUUAUAUAUAUUUAAAUAUCUAAUCGUACGAUGGUUUAAGAUUAUAUAUCAAAUCUAUCAUAAAGCCCUUCGGACUUUACUGGAUUUAUCACGCCCCGACCAAAAUUAUCACCUCAUAAUACUCAAAGAAUGAUUCCUUAUUCCUUAUAUCAAAUCAAAUGACAAUGAAACUCAAAUGACUGUGAUCCACUUUAAAAAAAAUAAUAGUAUUUAUUUUGCUUUUGAUAAUCACUGGUGUAUUGUUUGCUUUAAUCUAGAGUAAAAUAAAUUAUAAUAGAAAAUUUUCUAUAUAGAACACUGUGCUGGAUAAUUAUGCCAGACGUGCCUAUGUGGCAUUUUUGCCGCCGCUUAAGCUGCAUGUAUAAAAAAAAUCAAAUAUGUCGUAUGGUUUACCAUUGCCUAAGGAGUUUAAAACCAAUUUUGUUAUCCAUUUAACACACCUGUCAGGUGAAAAAUUUACCUUUAUGAAAGUAAAUUUCUACAGGAAAAUCAUUUUUCCCUUUGGAAAAACAAUUUUCCUAGAGGAUAUUUGGCAUUUCCUAGCGGUAAAAAGACUUCCUAUAGGAAAUUAAAUUCCGAUAGCAUUUGAACAAAACUCCCAUAAGACUUUAAAAUCCGAUAGGAAAUUCUGAUUUUCUAUUGGAAAAUUAUUGUACGUUGUCUGAAAAAAUUCAUGCAGGAAAUACUUUUCUCCAAUAGGAAUAAUAAUAAUCCUGUGGCAUUUUCAAUAUUUCCUGUACGAAAAUUAUUUCUCUUAUAGAGUUUAUCAUUUUCUUCUGGGAUUUUAAUUUAUAAAGGUAAAUAUCUCAUCUGACAAUAAAAGUGCUUAAAUACUUUUUAGACAAUGGUUUAUCAUAUUGUAUUUAUGGUUUUUACGAAAGUGCAUCUUAAGCAUCAAAAUGCCAUCUUGGCACUGGCAUAAUUAUUCGACAGAGUGUUAUAGGCUUAAUAGAAUGUAUAGCUACACAUUAUCAAGAUGCUUGCACAUUACAUGUAUUAUCGCAAAUAUUAACAUUUUCAAGUGUUUCUGCCUUUGAUUAAACUACAUGUCAAAUUUUGUUUUUAUGUGUCAAUAAAUGCAUUUGAACAAUGGCUUAAAUUGGUAAUGUUCAAAGCAUCUCGGGUCUUUUUUUCAUCUUCGGGCUUUAUUUAAAAUUUGAUCACGUGCCCUACGGUAAUGAUCACCCCAUACAUGUCAGAUAAUGAUUCUUUAUUCCUUUACUGUAGCAUUGUAGUUAAAAUUUUAUUACCACAUAACCAUGGACUUUUCUUUCAUAACAAAAUCUUCCAAAAAUUAUCAAUUUUUGGAAGAUCUUCCAAAAAUUAUCAAUUUGGACGUUUCACACCCAGUGAAGGUUUAUAUAUAUAUAUA